ACGCGUUGCGUUCAUACUGCAUUUUUAAUUUUGAAGUAAGGAGUUCUUUAAAAGUCCCUUUUUCAGGCUUUCUCAGACAGGUUUUUGUGAUCCCGAAUUAAAUGGCCCACAACACGGGCUUAAUCAAUCUGCCCUGGCAGCAGCAUAGGCACGGAGCUCGAUACGAUCGGCCAUUUCCGGCGAUAAGCCGGCCAGAAUGCAUUGGCGUCUGCAGCAUUGACGCUCGCCGGGAUUAUGUGGACGACGCCAGCGGCGCCAGCUACUUGGUUGACCCACCCUGGCCACGCCUGCCGAUCGACCUGAAUGCGGGCAUUGAGGACGUGAUCCGCAAGCCCACGGAUCACCAGAAAAAGGACCUGGAGUUCGUUCUGCUCUACAUCCAGCAGCACAAGAAGCAGCUGCUCCGCCCCCUGGUGUCCGAUCCGGGCAGGAUGGGCCUCCAGACGGACUUUGUCACAUUGCGCGGGAUUCUCCGGCAGAUCAUGUGCAUGCAGUACGAGUGGAAGUGCGGCUUCCGCCUCAAGGCGACGCUCCUGAACGGCAGCAUAUACAUAGCCAAGGAGGACACAGAAGAGCAGCGGCUGGAGAACGAGAACAUGACGGAGGCCCAGCUGAACAUGUGCUCCUGGGGCUUUAAGUUCGAGCAGUGCAUCACAAGCGCCCAGCCGCAUGGCAAACCGGUGACCAAUGUGCCGGUCAACGAGGCCGAAGAGUUCAUGGGCAUGUUCCGCGGUCAGCUGGCCGGAAUGAAGCUUCUGUACGGCGCCGAAAUGGACUGCGUUGUCAGCCAGGAGCCAGUUGAUUUUAAAGAUCCCGCCGUGCUGGACUCGCUGGAAUUCAUUGAGCUGAAGACCACCGCCUACAAUAUGAACCGGAACCAACUACGCAGUUUUGAUAACUACAAGUCGGCCAAUUGGUGGAGUCAAUCGUUCCUGGUGGGCAUUAAAAGGAUCUUGGCGGGACUACGUGACGCCAAUGGCAUGGUGCAGAAGAUAGAGGAGUUCGAUGUCCGUGCGCUGGCCCGCAACAAGCCGUGGAAUCCAUCGGCCAUGGCCUGGUUCCUGGAGCAGUUCCUGCGCAAGCUGAAAGAGCUUCUGGUGGCCAUUGACGAUCCGUUUGCCGUGGUCCAGGUGAAUUUUCGGGAACGGCGUGCCUACUACGAGGUGUUACGCGGUCCGGAGCACCAAAUCCUUCCUGACUGGUAUCGUAAUAUCCUCAAGACUGGAUAAAUAUACCUAGAUAAGCUAAAAUAAACUAUCGUUGUGAGUUUAUGUUUGACUUUUUUUAACGAAACGAAAACGGUGAACUCCUAAUAUACAUAAUAAAAAUCUUUAAAACUGUUAAAAAAUA